UCCCAGAUGCCAGAAUGGACCUCUUCAUCCUCCUAUGCGUCCUCAUCCUCGGCCUCCGUGCAGCAGCCGUGUUUGGGAACUUCUUAAAUGGUGCAACUUUUCAAAUGGAUUCACAUGUUGUGGAAUAUGUUGAAAGGUUCGGCUUAGGUUAGGCUAGAAUUUCCCUUGACUGAUGAAGCGUGACUCGUCUUCCUCUUUGCAGCUGUACGAGCAAGAGUGGCAAAGUGUUGACGUGAUACAACAUGUAACAAAGUGUUCCCUGGACUUCACUUUGGACUUUCUGACUUGAAGUGUGACCAAAGCGGGAACAAAGUUCUUCUAUUCAUUCUCAAAUAGAAAAUGACUUGUUGGCUCUUCCGAUUGGCUGUGCUGUCGACUUGCGUCCUCUGCAUCCUCUGCACUGCUGCGCCCAGUCCCGGUACCGAGGCGGAGGCGCACACGACUCCGUACCGGGAUAGCUGCGCGUCUUGCGGCGUCGUUCAACCGGAGGAGGGCGCCGGAUCCGGCCGGCCGGACGCGGACUUUUUGGAGGCGGUCAAAAGGCAUAUCCUGAACAGGCUACAGAUGAGAAAGCGUCCCAAUAUUACGCACCCGGUACCCAAGGCGGCUAUGGUGACGGCGUUGAGGAAACUCCACGCCGGGAAGCUGCGGGAGGACGGCAGGGUGGAGAUCCCCAACUUGGACGGGCACCCGAUGAGCAAUGAAGUGCUGGAGGAGAGCUCGGAGAUCAUCAGUUUUGCGGAAAAAGAUGACCUGGUGACAUCAAAGUCCAGUUUGUUCUUCCUCAUCUCCAACGAGGGCAAUCAAAACCUAGACGUUUCACAAGCCACCCUCUGGCUCUACUUCAAGUUGCUGCCUUCACCCGUUGAGGUACGCUCACGGCGGAAGGUGACGGUGAAAGUUUAUUACCAGGAACCUGGCCUGAGCAGCAAAUGGAACCUGGUGGAGAAGUGCGUAGAGCUGAAACGGAGCGGCUGGCACACUUUUAUGCUCACCCGCGCUGUACGCCUGGUAUUUGAACAGGGCGAGCGGCGCCAGAACCUGGACGUGCGCUGCGAGGGUUGUGAGGGCGCAGGCGUGGUGCCUGUUCUCCUCAACCGCAACGACGAGUCGCACCGCCCUUUUUUGGUUGUGCAGGCCCGGCAAACGGACGCAAAGCAUAGGAUUCGAAAGCGGGGACUGGAAUGCGACGGUAGUGCCAGUCUGUGUUGUCGCCAGCAGUUCUACAUCGACUUCCGACUCAUAGGCUGGAACGACUGGAUCAUUGCGCCGUCCGGUUACUUCGGGAACUACUGCGAAGGGAAAUGUCCCGCUUACAUGGCGGGAGUUCCCGGGUCGGCGUCGUCCUUCCACACGGCAGUCGUGAACCAAUACCGCAUGCGGGGCAUGAGCCCUGGCUCUAUGAACUCCUGUUGCAUCCCGACCAGGCUUAGCACCAUGUCCAUGCUCUACUUUGAUGACGAGUACAACAUUGUGAAGCGAGACGUUCCCAACAUGAUCGUGGAUGAGUGUGGCUGCGCUUGAUCUUUCAAUGUGGCUGCGCCCCUGCAGAAUCAGACCAGUGGACCAUGUAAAAAAAAAAGUGUACAUCCUCACGUGCACUUGCAUAUAAGCUUGUACAUAUAUUUAUGUUUCUUGAUGCACAUUGGUACCUUGACUUGCGAGUACCUCACGUUUACCCUUAGAUGAAAUUUUUGGUUGUGUGCGAGGCAAAAUUUGAGUUCCAAGCAGCCUUCAGAUACGCCGCCGCUCGAGUGGAGUAAAUCACAAAAAAAAAAAAAACACGUGCCACAAUCGCGGAUGCACUUUGAGCAGUUUGUUGAACAAGGAAAACAGUCAAACAAUACAAUCAAAACAAUAAAAGAGGAAAGCACUCCAGAGCAGCAUGAAGGAGAUGCAAACACCAAACUAACUGCAUGGUAAAAAAGACAUUGGAGCUGGAGAUGCAGCUUGUGAGAGCACUUACUAGGCCCCACCCAUUAAAGACUCACACAAAUACUACAAUGCGUGUGUGUGUGUGUGUGUGUGUGUGUGUGUGUGCGUGUAACACUUGGGCUGAUUUACACUUAAUAAAGCCAGUUCUAUUUUUUCCUUUACAUUUUCUUGUAUUUUAUUUUUCUAUUUAUAUUCACAAUGCAGUGUGACUUUUCUACGUCAAAAUAUAUUUAAAAAAUGUUUUUGAGGGGCUCUGACCUUUUAAUGGUACCUCAUUUCAAUGGGAAAAUCAAUUUGGUAUACGGUGGUGCCUUGAAAUUCGAGUAAGCUGAUUUUUUUUUCUUGAGACUUGAAAUACACAAGCUAUCCGGUGGCAGUUUGCCAGACAUAGUUUGCAAUUAUUCCAAAUGUUUUCAAGCUGUUGUUUACACUAAAUGCAAAGUGUACAGAAUUCAAGUUAAAAUGUUCAAAUAGCAUUCGCAAACUAUGCUAACGGGAAACUUCAUAGGAACACAUGCUUAUAAUUAGCAUCUAUGUGUAGAUGUUGUUACAUUUUAAGCAUACAAAUGGUGGGGAAACACAUGUAGACAGACAAUAUAAAGAAUACUCACAGACAUAUAUUCUUUAUCCUCUGUGAAGAAUAGCAAAUAUUCAUGCUGUGCUGAAAAACCAAGAGAGGAGCUGAGACUCUCUUUACUCUCUAUGUCUGUCUCAUACUGACCACUGGUGGCCAUUGCAUACACAACAAAUUGAGCCGGACAAUGCGCCUUAAAGCAGAAUGUGUGACUAAAUCUCUUUAUUUCUUUUUAAUUCUAUUGAAUUACAUCUUUAGGAUAUAUUUUCAUUAAUAUUAUACUAUAUCACUUCAAUUGAUAAUUGUUAAAUAUGAUUUGAAAGACAAGUGUUUUGGGUUGCAAGCAUGGCCAUGAACAUGACAUAAACUCAGACCCCAAGACACAACUCUACGCGUAACUCAAGUGACAAGCUUUGUGAGCGAACAAAUGAAACUCGUAAGUCAAGAUACCUCUGUAUUUGCAUGGUUGCUGGGAGUCAAGCUUGGUGGCUUCACAGCCAAUUUUCAUCAAAUCACAGACACAGCGAAAGCACUUGCAAAAUGAAAUGCCUCCAGUGAGCAUUAGGUGGCGCCUCACCAAUCACAGACACAAGUGCCACACAAGCUAUGCAACAUGUUGAGCACACAGCAGGCAAGCUGAACGCCAGCGACAAACUAUCAGUAUCAGCAGUACUUGAAAUAUAAGCCUGGUGAGUAGUUAAAUGGCUUUCGGGCUCUCUAGUUUGCUUGACAUUCCCGUGUUUUUCUCCGGCUUAGUUCAAUACACCAUCAUCAUGCCUCUUUCCAUCUGCACCCCUACCCCUCCCCUGUUUAUUAGAAUAUUUGCACUGAGGAGCUGUGAAGCUGCCAACACGAAACAUCAAAUUAAAAAAAAAAAAAAAAAAGUUAUUUUUCUAAAACUGCAUUCAAGGAACCAAAGAGGUACUAUAUAUGAGUGUUAUCAUGAGAGGCCUAAACACUGUCAUGUGAAUCAUCUUCAUCCCUGCCUAGAAGAUGUCUUGUUUUUUUAAAUACACUUUUUACUAGUUCACUUCUUUUCUUAGUCUCAUUUAGAAUGAAGCACAUGUGGUCUGUGUACAGUAACAUUUCAAUGUUUUCCUCAUGUUGCAAAAUAAAUUUCUUAU